UGUCAGAUUUGUGGGCGUAAAUUUGCAGCUGAUCGUCUUGAAAAGCAUCAAAGUAUCUGUCAGAAAGCCUCCAAUAAAAAGAGAACUGUAUUUGAUACCAGUAAACAUCGAAUACAAGGCACAGAAAACGAGCAAUAUGUAAGCAAGAUUAAAAAUCAACCACAACCAAAGCCUAAAAAAACAAAUUGGCGAGCGAAACAUAACGAUUUUAUACAGGCCAUUCGAGCUGCUAAAGCUAUGGAAGCUCAUCUCGCUAAUGGUGGUAAAAUAUCCGAUCUUCCACCGCCACCUCCAAGUGAAAAUCCUGAUUAUGUCCAAUGCCCACAUUGCCAACGAAAAUUUAACCAGACCGCCGCAGAAAGGCACAUACCAAAAUGUAAAGACAUCAAAAAUCGCCCA